AUGAUCAAACAACAAAAGAUAGGGAUAUACAAGUUGGAUAGACACAUUGUUGCCAAGUCGGCUUUAAAAGGGAAGCAGAGAGUUGAACGAGCUGUUGAUGUUAAAUUAUCCAAACCAUUUGAUUGUGUUCUUACUUUCUACAUCUUAUCAGACCUUGACAAAGUCAUUAUCGGGAAGCCAGCCUUAAAAGUGUGGAAAUAUCAGACGACCGAUAAAGGAGAUCAUUUAACCAUAGAUGGACGGACAUUCACAAUAGAAGCGAUGGAAGUGGAAGAGACGAGAAUACAUGCAUUACGAACUGAAUUAGAACAAGAUCUACUACUGAAAUUUCCUAAGGUGUUUUCUACUGAGCCACGACCACCACAAGAAAGGGCAUUUAAGCACCAGAUAAUUAUAACGGAUGAGACUCCCGUCUUAUCUCCGGCCUUCUAUGCUACUCCUGAAGAGAAGAAAGUCAUCUAUGGAUUCGUGGAUGAGAAACUUAAGGCAGGGAUUUUAGUUCCUGCAGUUGAAGGAUCAAAACUAGUCCUAGAUUUGAUUGGUGUUCUACAUAAAUCAAAGUGGUUUUCUGUAUUGGAUCUUAAGUCAGCAUAUCAUCAAAUCGCUGUAACACCAGAAACUUCCAGGAAAUUCGGGGUCAUUACCCACAUGGGUAAUUUCAAUUUUACAACCCUCCCAUUCGGUGCAGUCAAUGCUCCAUUUGUCUUCUCAAAAUUUCUAGUGGAUAUUUUACCUAAGAAUGUAGGAGUAAUCUCAUAUAUGGACGAUAUUCUUUUCUACCAUGAACACUUAGAUGAACAUGUAAAGAGGAUUAAAGAAGUGUGUCAAAUGUUGAAUGAUCAUGGCCUACAAAUCAGCAUUAAGAAGACGAAAUUAGUGAAGACCAAAGUGGAUUUUUUAGGUUACACUAUCACAGAAGGACAGAUUACCCCGACUAAAGAUAAAGUUGAAGCUAUCCAUAAUUGGACACUACCACAAACAUCCACUGAAGUGAGAUCAAUAGUGAACUUCACAAUUUUUUUCGGGCAGUUUAUACCUGAUCUAUCCAAGCUCACAGCUCCUUUGAGGGAUUUGAUUAAGGACAAGACGAAGAAGCACACACCCAUUUCUCAUACGGAUGAAUGA